AUUGAUGUUUGUUUAUAUGUUAUUUUAGUUUAGUUUUAGUUCAGUCGAUAUUUACAACUCGUGUAAGACGGAUGUGUUUAUAAGCGUUGUUCUGUUAUGUGUUUUGUGCAUUUAGACUAUAAAUUAUGCAAAAGAUUCGUCGACCGUGACAGGACUCGAACCUGCAAUCUUCGGAUCCGAAGUCCGACGCCUUAUCCAUUAGGCCACACGGUCUUUGCUGGGGGUACAACGCCACCAGAGUUUAUAACGCACAAAACAACCCUUAACCUAAAUUCACAGGGGUUGCAACGUUUAAGUAAAGAUGUCGCAGUGAAACAUGUUUAUUACAAGUAAAAAAAAGAUGUCGCGCAUAUCACGAUAGUUUCCCGCCGUUGCCGCCCCCAUUGUAAGUUUUCCGUGUGGUGAACACGGUGCACACUCACAACUCAGUCUCGGCCCGCCGUCGCCGACGAUGGCAACGACCUAACACAAAAACCGCCCACCGCCGGCGUGUCACAUAUUACUAUCUUACUUAAACAACACUAAAACAUCUGUUCUUCUAAAAAAAAACGCUAAAAUUGUUUAUUUGUGUACGUUUAUUGUGAUCAUACUAAUAUUAACAUUUGUUGUGUAAUAUUACACUAGUGUUAAACAAUGAGAAAUGUCAAAAAUGUCGCCGUCAUCCUGUUGACACUAACACAAGUGAUUUCCGGCAUGGAAGUGUUAUAAUUUUAUAAUAUUUAAACAAAAACAAAGGGUGAAAUAUUUAUCACAAUGGAGGCGAGAUAUUGUUACCGACGAUUGUUUAUUGUUAAUAUUGCGAAACCGCUGCUUAUUCAUAGAGUUUAGUGGGUGUAGAGGAUGUAGCACCGUAGCACGCUGUGAUAACGUUGAUAAAAUGGCAAUUUCUCACGAUAAUCAAGACUUGACGCAUCCAACAGGCACACACCAUCGACUACAAGCGAUAAUCAACAAUAGUUAUAGGUACAAAUAUCAUACACGCUAGUGAGAUAAGUUUUAACUCUUAACAUAACCUAAAACACCACAAAAUGGAAAAACUCGAUGGAUCCAAGUUGUAUUGGAGUCAGUUGAAGGCUACGUUAGUCAAGAAUGUUUUAUUAAAGAAGAGGGAACAACGCAGAACAAUCGCAGAAGUAUUAUUACCGUUGUAUUCACUGGGAGUGUUGAUAUUAAUCAAAUUAUGGAUCCCAAAUCCGAAUUUUCCCCCGAUGGAGACCCCAACACAACGCCACGCGUCCCUAUUCAAAGACUUCCGGUUAUGGAUCAACCACACCAUCGCCAUUGUUCCAAACACAACAGAAGUGCAACAAUUCCUUGAAAACGUUGAUGUAUUAUGGAAUAACUACCAAGAACAACAUCAGCAUCAAGAUACACACGCAGGGGAACACUACAUAACCUCACCGGAAGUCACCGAUAACCUAAAACAACAUAAUCAGCAUCAUAAUCAUAAUCACGUGCAUCUGCACGCAGAGAAACAUAAUCAUAAACAUAGAUCGCUUAAAACCAACCCACACGAACGUUACAAACGUAAUUAUUCACAAUUAUUGAAUAACACACACAACGAAGAACAUAACCUGCUAAAAAUCAAACCUAUAAAGUGGAUAGGUUUCGAUACAAAGGAAAAUAUGUUGAAAGCAUACUGGAAAAACCCAUCACAGUUCCCAAUUGCUGUGUUAUUCGAUGAAUAUGAAGGACCAAUCAAUGGUCCGUUAAAAUACGAAAUCAGGACGAAUCCAACCAUUGCAGAAACACCAUCAACGACGAGUUUAUACAGUUCACCUGCAAACUGUAGAUAUACAACAACAUUAUUGAUUAAUCAACAGAUUUCGGAAUUAUUCCCAAUGGAAUUGGGUGAUACCUGUCCGGUGAAUCAAUAUUACUACUCAGGAUUCGUCGCUUUGCAAUCCCUGUUUGAUUAUACAAAGAUCAGCAUAGAUACAGGGAUGAAAAACAUUACAAUACCAAACAUCCAGUUGUUGAUGUUCCCUAAAGAGGCGUACACAUCACGAUGGAUUGUCGCAUUCAGAAUGAUAAUACCUCUAUACAUGGUUAUGUCCGUGUCACAAUUCAUAACCUAUCUUUUGAUGUUGAUCAUCGGUGAAAAAGAAAACAAAAUCAAAGAAGGUAUGAAAAUCAUGGGACUUAAAGACUCAGUAUUCUGGUUGUCUUGGUUUAUUAUCUACGCGGUGUUUGUCCUGUGGUUGUCAGCGACAUGUUGUUUGUUGAUUUAUCUGCUGAAUGUGUUUCAACAUACGAAUAUGUUCCUGAUAUUUAUUCUGACAUUCUUAUAUGCGUUGACGGUGAUUAUGUUUGCGUUUAUGAUCACGCCGUUCUUUGACAAGUCACGGACAGCUGGGAUUCUGGGUAAUUUCGCUGUGAAUAUCAUGAGCAUCUUUUAUUUCCUGCAAAUCUUCCUCGGAGACUCGAAUUCUAUUGCGUUUUGGAUUAUUUCAUUGGUUAGUAGUUCAGGAUAUGCUCUGGCGAUGGAUAAAGCACUGGUUUUGGACUUGAAAGGUGAAGGUAUUACAUUUGGGAAUAUCUGGAGUACAGAUCCGCAAGGUGGGAUGCCGUUUGCAGGGAGUAUGAUUAUGAUGGGUGUGGAUAUUGUACUCUAUGGUACACUGGCGUAUUACUUCGAUAGUGUUAUACCCAGUGAGCAUGGAAUCAAACGAUCGCCGAUAUUUUGUUUUAAGCCUUCGUAUUGGUGUGCGAAGAGUCAAAGUCAAGGUCAAACGAGUCAAAAUAAUAAGAGUGUCAGUAUGGAUACUCUAAAACGUAAUCAAAAAGGUUCUUUACGGGAAAGAGAAGAUACUAAGUUGAUAAAUGGUAAUUCCAUGGUGUCUGUCAAUGGGAAUGGGUCUAAUGUCAAUGGUGGGGGUGCGGAUUGUAACAAUGGCGAUGCAGGUAGUUCUGUUGAAGCUUCCGAAGAUGUGGAGCCUGUUGCCAGGGAAAUGAAAGGUCGGGAAGCUAUUAAAAUAGUUGAUCUUUGUAAAUCAUUCAAAAAAGGAAAACAGAAAGCUGUCAAUGGAAUUGAUUUGACAAUCUACGAAGGUCAAAUCACCGCCAUCUUGGGACACAAUGGCGCUGGUAAAACCACGUUAUUCAACAUGUUGACAGGUUUAACCAAACCAACAUCCGGUACAGCUUAUAUUUUUGGUUAUGAUAUUCGUGAUCCCAAUGACAUGGACCGUGUAAGGGCUAUUACAGGCGUCUGUCCUCAACACGACAUCUUGUUUGAUUGUCUAACUGCCCGAGAACACCUACAUUUCUUUGCUGCUGUCAAGGGUAUACAUCCUGAUAUAAGAAACCAGGAAGUCAAUAAAACCCUAAAAGAUGUGGAUUUGACAGCUAGUGCAGAUGUACCAUCAAGAUACCUCUCCGGAGGACAAAAAAGAAAACUCUCUGUCGGUAUAGCAGUAAUCGGAGAUCCAAAAAUCAUCAUCCUGGAUGAACCCACCGCUGGCGUUGAUCCGUAUUCAAGGAGACACAUGUGGUCUGUGUUGCAGAAUCGCCGCCAUGGUAAGGUUAUACUUCUAACCACACAUUUCAUGGAUGAAGCUGACAUCCUCGCUGAUCGUAAAGCUGUGGUAUCCAAAGGUAAAGUCCGAUGUUGUGGAAGUUCGCUAUUCUUGAAAAACAAAUUCGGGAUUGGGUACCAUUUGACCUUGGUCCUUGAAGGAUCAUGUCGGGAGCAUGCUAUUACAAGAUUAGUAACAUCACAUGUUGCUAAAGCGGAAAAAGCACGUAGACAUGGCCGUGAGCUGUCAUUUAUCCUCCCGCAUAACGCCGUGGAUCAUUUCGCGACGUUAUUCUCCGCAAUAGAAGCAGAAAUCGCGUCAAGGACAAGUAGGUUAGGUAUAAGUUGUUAUGGUGUAUCCAUGACAACUUUAGAAGAAGUUUUCCUGCAUUUGGAGCGUGAUGCAGAGGAUACAGCUGAUGGUGAUGACAGUGUGGAAGCCACCGUUGAGAAUGUGGAUAAUCUGUCAAAGAAAAUGGUGAGGAAUCGCGCGCUGUCAAGGUCAUUGAGUUUACAAAGUAAAAGCACAAGUUAUCAUUCGCUACAAAACGAAACACUUGCGAAUGGUGAUAAAGAAGAUGAUGUAGAAGUGAAAGAAGUGAAAGAUAAGCGGAAAUUAACCCCGAGUGGUGAUUGUAAUGGUCUGGAUUCGAUAAUUGAAGAUAAAACACCGCCGACGCCGGGUUUCAACAACGCAUUCAUGAAUAUGAAGUGUAAUCCUAACUCAUUUGAGAUAUUCUUCGCUUUGAUCAAGUUAAGAUGUCUCAGACUCAUUAGGGAUAUUCAGAAAUUAUACCUGAUGGUUUUUUUACCGCUUGGGUUGGCAGCACUGUCAUUAUAUGGAAAUAGUAUACAAACGUCAAUGGAACCCAAGCAGAAAUCUUCUAUUAUGCUAGAUACAACUUUAUAUGAAAAUCAAAGUACUCUAGUGAUACAUAACCAAACAAUGGUAGAUCUAAACCCAUUUUUAGAUCAAUUUGAGAUUAUGGGUGUGAAUCGACUUGAAAACUACAACGGAAACUAUUCAACACUGUUAAUACUCAAACCGAACAUGGGAGCGAUUAAUGUACGCUCGUUUCCUAACCUGACAAACCUUGGAGAUGAAAACAACGGUAAACAGAUGGCGUUCACGUUGAUCUACAACGAUACCUACACACACUCAUUGCCUAUAUUGAUAAAUCUCAUGAAUAACGCAGUGUAUCGCUGGUUGAGUGAUGAUAGACUCACGAGAGGUACUUGGGCACCUAUAGAGACAUCUGUACGGCAGUUACCACAAACAAGGCAACCGGAAGGUUUUAACUUGGGCGUUGUAUCAACCGCUUUGUUCAUGGGGAUGAUAUUCGUGCUUGUCCCGGGUAAUUUAGCCAUUGAUAUGGUGUACGAUCGGCAGAUACGUGCGAAGAAUCAAUUGCGAGUCAACGGACUGGGUUUUGGUUUGUAUUUCUUCAGUUAUUUCACGGUUUUAUCCACGUUGGUGCUGUUAAUCAUGGCGGCGCUGCUUGGAAUCGUCAUACUCUUUGACAUUCCGGCUUUGAGGGAAACUCCAGCACUGAUUGUGCUCUGUGGGUUGGUUAUCAUCUACUGCCCGGCUAGUAUCUUGUACAACACAUGUCUGAGUUACAUGUUUGACCGGAUGGAUUCCGCACAAGCAUUACUACCGCAUAUUGGGACGAGUGUUGGAUGCGUACCGUUCUUUUUGGUUGUGUUUCUUGACAUGCUGCGUAUUGGAGGCAAAGCACCUUUUAUCUUACAUGUUAUUUUAUCUAUACUCAACCCAAUGUAUGUUCCAUACGCGAUCAUCUACUACGUGCAGCGUGUGUAUCUCAUGUGCACCAUCAAUAGUGCUUGCGUUGUGUUGACCUUGAAGGAUUACAUGACUGAUGAGAUUAUUGUGAUGAUUGUCGGCACUUGUCUCAAUAUUCCAAUACUGUCAUUAUUAUUGAUGCUGUUGGACACGUUGUGUUCAAGCGGUAAUGUUGAAGAAGCCCUAAAAAUGUUUAAAUUGCGUAAGAGUAGGAAAUCUGAACAAGUUGAGGAUCAUGUAGAUCUUGGUGAGCAUGAGGAUAUGGAUGUGAAGUGUGAGCGGCAGAAAGUCGCUGCGAUGUUGAAGGAUAACUCACAGACGCCACCUGUCGUCAUGGUGCAGAACUUACAUAAAGAGUAUUCUGGUAAGACGUGCUGGUCGAGAGUUUCGUCGUGUUGUGAGACUGAAGCGAUGCGUCCGACGAAAGUGUCAAUCAAAUCACUCUCAUUGGCUGUUGAUGCCGGUGAAGUUUUCGGAUUGUUGGGACACAAUGGUGCUGGUAAAACUACUACGAUGAAGAUUAUCACUGCGGAAGAAGCUCCUACGCGUGGAAGAGUACAGAUUGGUGGACAUAGUAUCACUUCUAACCUCUCGGAUGCUUUUAAGGUUAUGGGUUAUUGUCCGCAGCAUGACGCGCUGUGGAAAAACAUCACUGUCAGGGAACACUUGGAGUGUUAUGCAACCAUCCGAGGCGUACCACGCAAACACCACAAGCAAGUCAUCGAGAGUUAUUUAAAUGGUCUACAAAUCAAGGAACACGCUGAUAAACACGCUGGGCAAUGCUCUGGAGGCACAAGAAGGAAGUUAUCUUUUGCUUUGGCGAGUAUAGGCAACCCAAAAGUCGUUUUGAUGGAUGAACCAUCCACAGGGAUGGAUCCAAGGAGUAAAAGGUUCCUCUGGGAUACAAUCCUAGCUAGUUUUCAGGGAUCACGUGGGGCUAUUUUAACAACGCAUUCAAUGGAGGAAGCAGACGCCCUCUGUUCCCGAGUAGGAAUAAUGGUCCAAGGUGAGCUGCGUUGUCUCGGAUCAACGCAACAUUUGAAAAACCUCUACGGAGCAGGUUAUACCCUCGAAGUAAAACAUGGCGGCGGUGAUCGGACGCCAUCCGAAGCCGUUUCAUCCGAAUCUGUCACACCGUCAUUAUCAGGCACGUCUUCUCUGGAUCCACAUGAAGAUCUCAAGAGAUUCGUCGAUGAAUUAUUCCCGGAAUCCAAGCUGGUUGAGAGUUUCGCCGAUCGCUUUGUAUUCAGUGUUCCGCAACACAGCGUACCCUCGCUGGCGUCGUGUUUUUCGAGGUUAGAACGCGCGAAGCAAGAGCUGGAUAUUGUUGAGUAUAGUUUCAGCCAGACGACGCUCGAGCAGGUGUUUUUGAAGUUUCUCAGCGAAGAGGAGCAGCAUAAUAGUAAUGCGCCACGCAGUGAACACGAGCAAGAAGAUACUAAUCGCAAUCAUCAUAUAAGGGGGAGGAAUACUUCCGAGUACUGUUAACAAAGUGGGGGCAAGGAGUUAUUGUUUAUUUGUUGAGAGCGUGAGCAAGGACCGACGUCAAGCUGAACGCGUACAUUUGGCAGUCGGCGGCGCCGCGCGAGAUGUCGACGCAGAUGGGCGGCAAGAAGUCGGGCGGCAGCAGCAAUAGCUCGAUGGUGAUUACGCCUG